AUGGAUGGGGUGGUGGGAGGCGUAGGGGGGUCCGUGGGGGUCAGUGGGGGGGACAGUCGCUCUGGUCGUACCAGCGGGGACAGUAAGCGGCGCAGUAAGGGUAGCUUGCCCUCCCUGGGGUACCGCCUGUCCCAGGCCUCCCUGGAGGGGGACCGGGGCCCGGGGGGUGCAGACGGCUCUGCCUCGGGGAGUCGCCGCCGCCGCCCGUCCAUCAUGAGCUCAACCAGGGACGGCCUCCCUCUCCGCCCGGCCGGCAACCCCAGCACCCCCAUCCCCCUGCCCCCGCCCCCGGCCUCCUCCGCCCAGCCCCGGUCGGUGGGCUUCGCCUCGUCGCGGGCCGCCUUGGCCUCCACCUCCUCCUCCACCGGCACUGGGGUGGUCGUCGUGGCGACGGGCCCAGAGACCACCACGACCACGGCGUGCAACACCACGGCCGGGACGCCGGACAUGGGAGGCCUGUACGGGGGGGAGGGCUUCGGCAUGGGGCUGGACGGGGAGGACUACAGCUACUCCAACCAGAGCACCUUCAUCCAGAGGCAGUUUGGAGCCAUGCUGCAACCAGGGGUCAACAAGUUCAGCCUGAGGAUGUUCGGAUCCCACAAGGCCGUGGCUCUGGAGCAGGAGAGACUGAAAUCAGCCGGGGUCUGGAUCAUACCCUACAGCGACUUCAGGUUCUACUGGGUGCUGAUGUUGCUGCUGAAUGGGAACCUGAUCAUCCUGCCUGUGGGCAUCACGUUCUUCAAAGACGAGAACACCCCUCCCUGGAUCAUCUUCAACGUGGUGUCCGACACCCUCCUGGUCGACCUGGUCCUCAACUUCAGGACUGGCAUCAUCAAAGAGGACAGCACUGAGAUCCUCCUGGACCCCAGGGCUAUCCGCCAGCGCUACCUGAAGAGCUGGUUCCUGGUGGACUUUGUGUCGUCCAUCCCGGUGGACUACAUCUUCCUGAUGGUGGAUCUGGAGGCUCGGCUGGACUCUGAGGUGUACCGGACUGCCCGGGCGCUCAGGAUCGUACGCUUCACCAAGAUCCUCAGUCUGCUACGCCUGCUGCGCCUCUCCAGGCUCAUACGCUACAUCCACCAGUGGGAGGAGAUCUUCCACAUGACCUACGACCUGGCCAGCGCCAUGGUGAGGAUCGUCAACCUGAUAGGCAUGAUGCUGCUGCUGUGUCACUGGGACGGCUGCUUGCAGUUCCUGGUGCCCAUGCUGCAGGACUUCCCACCUGACUGCUGGGUGUCCAAGAACGACAUGGUGAACGACACCUGGGGAGUGCAGUACUCCUAUGCCCUGUUCAAGGCCAUGAGUCACAUGCUGUGUAUCGGCUACGGGGCCCAGGCUCCUGAGGGCUUGACGGACGUCUGGCUGACCAUGCUCAGCAUGAUCGUGGGCGCCACCUGCUACGCCAUGUUCAUCGGCCACGCCACCGCCCUCAUCCAGUCCCUGGACUCCUCACGGCGGCAGUACCAGGAGAAGUAUAAGCAGGUUGAGCAGUACAUGUCGUUUCAUAAGCUGCCUGCGGACGUACGGCAGAAGAUUCAUGAGUACUACGAGCAUCGCUACCAGGGCAAGAUGUUCGAUGAGGAGAACAUUCUGGGAGAGCUCAGUGAACCACUGAAGGAGGAGAUCGUCAGCUUCAACUGUCGGAGCCUGGUAGCUAACAUGCCCCUGUUUGCCAACGCUGACCCCAACUUUGUGACAGCAGUGCUGACCAAGCUGCGCUUCGAGGUGUUCCAGCCGUCUGACUUCAUCAUCCGCGAGGGCACCGUCGGACGAAAGAUGUACUUUAUCCAGCACGGACGAGUCGGUGUCCUCACCCGCGGCAACAAGGAGACCAAGCUCAGCGAUGGCUCCUACUUUGGGGAGAUCUGUCUUCUGACGCGUGGGCGGAGGACGGCCAGCGUGAGAGCCGACACCUACUGCCGUCUGUACUCCCUCAGCGUGGACAGCUUCAACGAGGUGCUGGAGGAACACCCCAUGAUGAGGCGGGCCUUCGAGACCGUGGCUGUGGACCGAUUGGACCGCAUUGGGAAGAAAAACUCCAUCCUGCUGCGGUCCUCCCAUGGGGGCAGCAGCCUGGGUCGAGGAGGGGGACGGGGGGGUGGGGGGGGUGCGGGAGGGGGGCUGGGCAUGGGGGGCCUGGGCUCGUGCGACAGCGUGCUGGUGCAGCAGAUCGUGAAACACGAUAGCAUGCCGGCUAUGCAGGAGGCCAUCGCUGCCGCUGCCGCCGCAGGAAGAGGCGGAGCCUCAGGAGGAAGUGGCACCGUGUCCCCCAGGCCCCAUCCCGUCAUCUGGGCCCCGCUCGUCCACGCCCCGCUGCAGACGGCCGCCGCGACAACCAACGUGGCCAUCGCCCUCAUGCACCAGCAGCAGCAGCAGCUUCAUCUGCAGCAGCACGCCAUGGGGGGGCCCAUAUUCCUGCCCUCCCCUUUCUCCUCCAUCUCUCCCUCCCCCUCCUCCUCCUUCCCCCUCUCCCCCCCGCGGCCCCCCGUCCUGCAGCCCCUGAACCCCUCUGUCAGCUCUCUGAUCGGCAUGAUGGGGGUGGGGGGGAUGGGGGGGCUGUCUCCCAGAGGGGGGUUCUCCGUUUCCCCGUCCCCCUCGCCGAUGGGACCCCAGGGAAGCCUCUCAUCUCCCCCUGUCGCCAAAACCCUGCCCACUGCCUCAUCUGUUCCGCCCAUUGUCCAAUUAGGAAGGACCCAACAUUACAGUCUCCGCCUCCACACAGACCUCCCCUCAACUAUUGGUGGAUCCUACGGAGCCCCAGCGGGAGGGGGGGCCGUGACUCCACCCCUCCACAAGGUGCCCCCCGUCAACCCCACCGCUGCCCCUAGUGGUGGCUCAGACGGCCACAGUUCCAGUGGCGGCCAGCAGGGGGCCAAGGAGGCUCUGCUGCGGUACGGAGUGGGCAGCUCUCAGGGUCUGCCUGUGCUGGGUCGACUCACUCAGGAGGCCCGGCUGCUGUCGGCCUCGCAGCCCACCCUGCCUCACCGCUCCUGGGCAGGAGUGCAACCUCACCCCCCUCUCUAUCGCAAAGCCUCUGGAGGUAACCUGCUGUCUGCCCAGAUCCUGGCAGGGGGUCAGUUAGCGAGGGGGGGCAGUGCCGGGGUGUUGAGUUCCAGUGCCUCUCCAGUCCAUGCCUCGUUCCAGCAAAUGCCUACUCUGAACACACACGUACAAGCCUUACAGGCCUUGGUCACAGCCGUCCCUUGCCCCCUCUCCACACACACCGCCACACACCUAGUUUCACACACACACCCCAUACCUGCGCCCGUGGCCGCACACACACACCCUGCCCCGCUCUACACAGUCGUGCCUCUCCACACCUGCUCACCUGCCUUCCCCAGUGCCACCCUCCACUCCGCUGUCACCCCCUCCUCAACGCCGGCCCCCUCCUCUCCCGCCCCGGCGCUGCCAGUCACCCCCCCUCGCCCCAAACCCUCGCCUACACCCCCGUCUCGCUCCUCCUCUCCUCCGCCCUGCUCCACCCCUACCGCGGGAACAGCCUCUUCCUACCCACGCCACCCUCCCAUCCCAAACACCCACCCCCUCCCAGACCCGUACCCCCACCUCAACCCCACCCCGCACCCCAACGCCUACACAGACCCGCACCCCAACUCCUGCUCAAACCCCCAUCCAGAGCCGCACCCCUACCUCCACCCCACCUCACACCCCAACUCUGACCCGCGUUCCUACCCGCACUCCCUCCCAAGUCCCCACCCAGACCGGCACACCUACAUCAACCCCACCUCACACCCCUGGUUCUGCUCUGACCUGCACCCCUACCCCUGCCUCCUCACAAACCCCAUACCAGACCCCCACUUCCACCCCCUCCCAACCAUCCACUCCUAUCCAAACCCCAACCCUUACUUCCCCUGCUCCUACUCAGAGCCCAGGCCUAAGCUCUGCACAGGCCCAGAUAAUACUACCGCCCCUACAUCUACCCCAACCCAGACCUCCAAACCUGCCCCAGCCCAGACCUCCAAACCUGCCCCAGCCCCUACAUCUACCCCAACCCAGACCUCCAAACCUGCCCCAGCCCAGACCUCCAAACCUGCCCCAGCCCCUACACAAGCCCCAACCCAGACCUCCAAAUCUACCCCAGCCCCAACACAAGCGCCAGCCCAGACCUCCAAACCUGCCCCAGCCCCUACAUCUACCCCAACCCAGACCUCCAAACCUGCCCCAGCCCCUACAUCUACCCCAACCCAGACCUCCAAACCUGCCCCAGCCCCUACAUCUACCCCAACCCAGACCUCCAAACCUGCCCCAGCCCCUACAUCUACCCCAACCCAGACCUCCAAAUCUACCCCAGUCCCAACACAAGCCCCAGCCCAGACCUCCAAACCUGCCCCAGCCCCUACAUCUACCCCAACCCAGACCUCCAAACCUGCCCCAGCCCCUACACAAGCCCCAACCCAGACCUCCAAAUCUACCCCAGCCCCAACACAAGCCCCAACACAGACCUCCAAACCUGCCCCAGCCCCAACACAGACCUCCAAACCUGCCCAGAUCCCCUCUCCCUGUCCACCCACUCAGUCGGUUGGAGGCGCCCCCAUCCCCCAGACCCUCUGCCCUGUAGGAAACCCUGCCCACUCCACCUCUCCCAAGGGGGAGAAGGGCCCAAAGCUGCCCCUUACUAAGAAAGACUCGGAAGCACUGAGACAUAAACUCCCCACCAACAUGUGAGGAGAUAAAGAUGUCUCUGAAGGAGACCAACCGAUUGGACAAUGGACAUGUUGAUUAGGAAGGCUCAUAUCAGG